GAAUGUCUCAGGAACCUAGGACACACUCUCUUUUGCUGUUCCUCUUUCUGAGCCAUGGAGUGGCAAGUCAUAGAAUUCAGGAUUCCCAGCAGGAUUUGCAUCCACUGUUGAAAAAAAUGGCGGAAGAAAUAAUAGAUGGAAGCUACCUGAAUGCAUUGCUGGAUCUCAUACAGUUUCAAAGCGCCCAUGUGUGGACGGCAGACCUUUCCCACAGAGUCCUGGCCUAUCUGAACUCACGGAAUGUUCCCUUCACCAUCCUCAGCCUGCAGGCAGCCAUGGAAAAUCACCUGAAGCAGCGUUUGUACGAGCCCCAGAAGCUGCUGGAGGACCUGAGGCAAACAGAUGCUCAGCAAUUCCACACCGCCAUGAAGUCCCUGUUAGAAGACAAGAAGGACCGCAUGGAGCUGGAUGACAUCGUUAUUGACUUGGCAGAGGUUCGGAAACAAGCCUUGCAGAGCCCGGGGGUGAACCGCAGCCUAUUUCUCAUCACGCUGGAGAGGUGUUUCCAGGUGCUGAACCCCCUGGAGUGUGUGGAGAUCCUGGGUAGGGUGCUGAGGGGGUCCUCAGGCCGCUUCCUGCAGCCGGACAUCGUUGAGAGGCUCCCCCGAGACCUGCGUGAGGAUGCCUUCAAGAACCUAUCUGCGGUAUUCAAAGAUCUCUACGACCAAACCUCGGCACAUUCCCAGAAAGCUCUUUAUUCCUGGAUGACUGGGAUCUUGCAGACAUCCUCCAAUUUCACUGAUGACUCUGUUUCAUGGGUCAGUGCAGAAAACUUAUGGAUUCUGGGCAGAUAUAUGGUUCACCUAUCACUUGAAGAAAUCAUGAAAAUUUGUCCCAGAGAAAUUGGGCUGUUUAUCAGCUAUGACAAUGCCACCAAGCAGCUGGACACGGUUUAUGACAUCACGCCUGAACUGGCCCAGGCGUUUCUGGAGAAAAUCAGCUCCUCCAGCUUUGACAUGAGGAACACCUCUACCAUCCACAGGCAAGGGGCGGGGAUCUCUGGGCCCUCAGAGCUGUUCCCCAGGAUGCUGGGGCUGCUGGUGUGUUUCUACGAUGAUCUGGAGUUGCUGGACGCUGCCAUGGCCCGGGUCCUCCUUCACCAGAUGAUCAAGUGCAGCCACCUGAGGGGCUUCCAGGCUGGUGUUCAGAAGCUCAAAGCUGACCUCCUGGAAAUCGCCACGGAGAACCAGACCCUCAACGAGACUCUGGGCUCUUUGUCGGAUGCAGUUGUGGGCUUGACCCACAGUCAGCUGGAAUCCCUCUCCCCCGAGGCUGUGCACAGCGCCAUCUCCACCCUCAACCAGGUCUCGGGCUGGGCCAGGAGCCAGGUCAUCAUCUUGUCUGCCAAAUACCUGGCCCAGGAGAAGGUGCUGUCCUUCUACAACGUCAGCCAGAUGGGCAUGCUGCUGGCCGGGGUCGGCACCCAGGCCUUCCACGCCAUGGACCGCAGGGACCUCUCGCAGCUCCUGAGAAGCACCGUCUCCCUGCACGUGUCCGACCUGUCGCCUGCCCAGCGGCAGGGUGUCCUGAGCAAGAUGAUUGAAGCGGGAGAUACUGCCUCAGGCAUUGCGGAAAUACAAGGGGCUUUCUUCAAGGAAGUGUCUCUCUUCGAUUUAGGGCGGGAACCCCAAUUCAACUCCGCAGUCCUGAAGGAAAAGGAGCUUCGGAGGAGUCAGGCCUUGUUCCUGUAUGAGCUUCUGUCAAAGACAACCGGGAGGCCAGAGGAGCUCCUGAGUUCAGGGCAGCUGGUCAAAGGCGUGACAUGCUCCCAUGUGGAUGCCAUGAGCGCAGACUCCUUUCUGGCUCAUUUCCAGUAUUUUGAGAACAACUUCUCUCUGCUCUCACCGUGUCAGAUUAACUGUUUGGCGUGGAAAUACUGGGAAGUUUCCAGGGCCUCUAUGCCGCCCUUCCUCUUGGCUGCACUCCCGGCUCGCUACCUGGCUUCUGUCCCAGCCUCCCAGUGUGUGCCCUUUCUGAUCAGCCUGGGGAAGAGUCAGCUGGACUCCUUGGUUUUAGAUUCCCACAAAAAGAAUUCUGUCCUCAGAAAAGUACAGCAGUGCCUGAACCACUCCGUUGCUGACGAGUACACUGUGGACAUCCUGGGGAACUUGCUCUGUCACCUGCCGGCAGCCGUCAUCCACCGUGGGGUGUCCCCCAGGGCCUGGGCCACCGCCCUGCAUGGCCUCAGAGACUGCCCAGACCUCAGUCCCGAGCAGAAGGCCGUGGUGAAGAUCAGGCUCCUGGAAGAGCACGGGCUCCCCCAGAACUGGACAGCAGAGACUACAAAAGACUUGGGAUCCUUUCUGGCACUUUUCUCAGCAGUUGAAUUAAGCUCUGUUGUCACCAAGUUCCCUGAUAUCCUUCAACAAAUAGCUUCCAAGAUGGCUGGGACCUUGCCCCCCAAAGAAUUCCUCUGGGCUGUCUUUGAAUCUGUUCAGAACAGGAGCGAGGAGAGCCCCAGCUCUGACGCCAGCCCUAGCUGCCAUGGAGUCGCCGCUCCCUCUUCAGAUGACAUUAUUAAGUUGGCUGAAGCCAAUGCCUGCUGGGCUCCUGAGAGCCUGCUCUGCCUGGAGGAGGAUGUGUUCAGCAGGAACGUGGAGCUGCUGGGGGCCGUCAGGGGCUUCAGCCCCGCUCAGCUGAGGACCCUGAAGGAGAAGGCGGUACAGGUUUGGGACUUGCCUUCUUACUGGAAAGAGUACCAUAUCGUCUCCCUGGGGCACAUUGCUCUGGCUCUUAACGAGAGUGAAUUGGAGCAGCUGGAUCUCAGCUCCAUCGAUGCUGUGGCUUCCCUCAGCCAGCAGACAGGAUGGACCCCAGGGCAGGCUAAAUCCAUUCUGCAAGGGUUCCUGGAGGAUUCGGGCAGUAGUAUCCAGGAUCUGAAGAGUUUCCAUUUAGUAGGACUUGGUGAAAUCCUGUGUGCCAUGAACAUCACCGAAAUCUCACUUAUAAAGAUCUCAGAAUUCAGGGUGGUGGUGGCCAGAAUCGGGACCCUGCUGUGCAGUACCCAAGUCUUGACGGAGUUUAAGAGGAAGGCAGAAGUUGUGUUUGGGGAGCCCACAGAGUGGUCCAGCUCUGUCUUGCAGGAACUUGGGACCAUUGCAGCUGGAUUAACUAAGGAAGAGCUCCGAAUGCUCAACAACGAUUUGAUGCCAUAUUUCCAGCCAUCAGCAAUCAAAUGCCUUCCUGAUGAGAUAUUCAAAGAGCUGUCCGCGGAGCAGAUCGCCUCCUUGGGCCCCGAGAACGCCGCGGCCGUGACCCCGGCCCAGCGCCGGCAGCUCAGCAUGAUGCAACUGCAUAGCCUCCAACGGGCGCUAGAUGGCGCCAAGACUCGCUCCUGGCUAGACGCGCCUUCGAGCGCCAGCCCCACCCGGACCCCCUCUUCUCUUUCUCCUCCAGGAGCCUCGGUCUCCCGGGGUCUGGGGCUGGGCUGCCCUCUGCUGGUUCUGAUGCCCAAGCUUGUGUGGUGAGUGGUGUUUGUGCUUCUCCCUGGGACCCAAGGAGCUGGCCCAAGGGCGUGGAGAUGGUGGGUGUCCCCUACCCCGACUCAAAGCCUCAACGGAGGCAGGGAGACUCGGGGGCCGUGGAACUGAAGAGGCACGAAAAGGAAGAAUAGUUAUUAAA